AAACCAACAAAACCAGUGUCGCAGCCAUUUUAUUUCUCUGUAUUGUUUGAGUCUGUCGUUGGGCUUGAAGUCGUUCCGAUUAUCACGCUCUUUGUACACAGUUAAUUUUCAAAUUUUUAUCGACAAAUUUUCACUUCACCCGUUCCAAUCAUGAGGGAAAUCGUCCAUAUCCAAGCCGGUCAAUGCGGAAACCAGAUCGGAGCUAAGUUUUGGGAAAUCAUUUCUGAUGAACAUGGCAUCGACCCAACUGGUGCGUACCACGGAGACUCAGAUCUCCAGUUGGAACGGAUCAAUGUAUACUACAAUGAAGCCUCAGGUGGAAAGUAUGUACCCCGUGCUAUUUUGGUUGACUUGGAACCUGGUACCAUGGACUCUGUUAGAUCUGGUCCUUUUGGACAGAUUUUCAGACCUGACAACUUUGUUUUUGGACAGUCUGGAGCUGGAAACAAUUGGGCUAAAGGUCAUUACACAGAGGGUGCUGAACUCGUAGACUCCGUCUUAGAUGUUGUUAGGAAAGAGGCUGAGAGUUGUGAUUGCCUUCAAGGUUUUCAAUUGACACAUUCUUUGGGAGGUGGAACUGGUUCUGGUAUGGGAACCUUGUUGAUCUCCAAAAUCAGAGAAGAAUAUCCUGAUAGAAUAAUGAACACAUAUUCCGUUGUACCUUCUCCCAAAGUUUCAGACACUGUUGUAGAACCCUACAAUGCCACCCUCUCAGUUCACCAAUUGGUUGAAAAUACUGAUGAAACCUAUUGUAUAGAUAACGAAGCUUUAUAUGAUAUUUGCUUCCGUACACUAAAACUCACAACACCAACAUACGGUGACUUAAACCACUUGGUAUCUUUGACCAUGUCUGGUGUAACCACUUGUCUCAGGUUCCCUGGUCAAUUGAAUGCUGAUCUCCGUAAACUCGCUGUCAACAUGGUUCCUUUCCCCAGGUUACAUUUCUUUAUGCCUGGUUUUGCCCCUCUUACAUCCCGUGGAAGCCAACAAUAUAGAGCUUUGACCGUACCUGAACUUACCCAACAAAUGUUUGAUGCCAAAAAUAUGAUGGCUGCAUGCGACCCACGACAUGGACGUUAUCUUACAGUAGCAGCUGUUUUCCGUGGACGUAUGUCUAUGAAGGAAGUUGAUGAACAAAUGUUGAACAUCCAAAACAAGAAUUCGAGCUACUUCGUUGAAUGGAUCCCUAACAAUGUGAAAACUGCAGUUUGUGAUAUCCCACCAAGAGGUUUGAAAAUGUCUGCCACUUUCAUUGGUAAUUCUACAGCCAUACAAGAAUUAUUCAAGAGGAUCAGCGAACAGUUCACUGCUAUGUUCAGACGUAAGGCUUUCUUACAUUGGUACACUGGUGAAGGUAUGGAUGAGAUGGAAUUCACUGAAGCUGAAUCUAACAUGAACGAUUUAGUGUCUGAAUAUCAGCAAUACCAAGAAGCUACUGCUGAUGAGGAAGCUGAAUUUGACGAAGAACAAGAACAAGAAGUUGAUGAAAACUAGACUUAUUUUUUAAAAAAAUAGCUUUAUAAUUUAAUUUUUGUUACUUUUUAUUUAAAACAAAAAUUCUGUAUAUUAAUCCUUCAAUUUUUUUUAUACUUAAUGCUUAUUCAUUCCAUUGUGAUACAUUUCCCUUGUACUAAAAAACACUGCUUUUUUAUUUUAAAUUAUUUUAAUUGAACAAUAUAGCUUUAUAAGAUUAAA